GGCGGCGGCGUUGGCGUUGUCAGCGAUGGAGUUUCUGUUGGGGAAUCCAUUCAGCUCUCCGGUCGGCCAAAGGAUCGAAAAAGCCACCGAUGGAGCCCUCCAGGCCGAAGACUGGGCCCUCAACAUGGAGAUCUGUGACAUCAUCAACGAGACGGAGGAAGGUCCCAAAGAUGCCUUCCGAGCAGUGAAGAAGAGGAUUGUGGGGAAUAAAAAUUUCCAUGAAGUGAUGCUGGCCCUCACGGUCUUGGAGACUUGUGUCAAAAACUGUGGCCACCGCUUCCACGUUCUGGUGGCCAGUCAAGACUUCGUCGAGGGCGUCCUGGUGAGGACCAUCCUACCCAAGAACAACCCACCCGCCAUAGUGCACGACAAGGUCUUGAAUCUGAUCCAGUCCUGGGCAGAUGCAUUUCGCAGCUCCCCAGACUUGACGGGAGUCGUCGCUGUCUACGAAGACCUCAGGAGGAAAGGCCUGGAGUUCCCCAUGACCGACCUAGACAUGCUGUCCCCCAUCCACACGCCGCAGAGGACUGUUUACAGCUCCGAAUCGCAAACCGGGCAGAACUCUGCGGUGAGUGACGCCCCUCAGGGGGUCGAUUCCCAGCUGCUCCCCGUUGCCCCUCCGCCGCCGAUGCCUGCGCCUCAGGACGACACGCCCAUCAUGCCAACCCCAGAGCAGAUUGGGAAGCUGCGCAGCGAGCUGGAGGUGGUCAACGGAAACGUCAAGGUCAUGUCGGAGAUGCUGACGGAGCUGGUGCCGGGGCAGGCGGAGCCGGCGGACCUGGAGCUGCUCCAGGACCUGAAUCGGACAUGUAAGGCCAUGCAGAAGCGGGUGCUAGAACUGAUUCCCCGCGUUCUCAACGAGCAGCUGACGGAGGAGUUGCUCAUCAUCAACGAUAACCUCAACAACGUAUUCCUCCGCCACGAACGGUUUGAGCGGUUCCGGACUGUCCAGUCUGCAAAGGUCCCGAGCGAGGUGGAAAGCGCAACCAGUCUGAUUGACAUGGGACCCGACUUGGCCGCAGCAAGUAACCAGUCGGAAGCCCCCGGAAACCUCUCGUCUCAGCUGGCCAACAUGAACCUGGGCUCGGAUAGCGUCAGUGCGGGACUGCAGUCCCUGGAGCCUCCCGCCAAGCUGGAAGAAGAGUUCGACAUGUUCGCCUUCACCCGGAGCAGUUCGCUGGCCGAUCAACGCAAAGAAGUAAAAUAUGAAGAUCCGCAAGCCACUGAUGGGCUGGCCGGAGCGCUGGAUGCCCGUCAGCAGAGCACAGGAGCGAUUCCAGUGACUCAGGCCUGCUUCAUGGAGGAUAUUGAACAGUGGCUGUCCACUGAUGUGGGCAAUGAGGCGGAGGACUCUCAAGGAGUCACCAGCGAAGGUAAAUUUGAUAAAUUCCUGGAAGACCGAGCAAAGGCUGCCGAAAGGCUCCCUAACCUCCCCAGCGCGCCAGCCGGGCCGCCCAGCGCCCCGCCCAGCUCCGCUCCCCGAAAGAAGCCAAAGGAGAAGGAAGACGACGCUCUGUUUGCCUUAUGAACCCUCGGGGCUAGCGUGCCACCGAGCAAGUGGACUGGCCACACCUUCCCUUUCUCCUGCCAGGCUGGAGCGGGGGGAGAGCAAGGGGGCCUCGGGACCCCGCUGCUUCUACCUCCAGGCUUAAGCUGCUUUGGGGUGAUUUAUUAUUGAUUAUUGUAUCAGGGACGAGAUGGGUCAGACUCGGGAAGUGGGGAGGUGGCAGGGCUGCA